GAUCACAUGUGUAGAAUUGGGCAUUGCUCAAGAAAACAAAUAUCUGUGCACUGUAUCUGCUGUACGUACUUAAGCAGAGAACAGUCUGCAAGAAGCAAGAAUUCACAUCUCCUGGCCUGCAGAGAAAACAGAAACAUGAGCACAGCAGGAAAAGUAAUAAAAUGCAAAGCGGCUGUGCUGUGGGAGCUUAAAAAACCAUUUUCCAUUGAGGAGGUGGAGGUUGCACCUCCUAAAGCCCAUGAAGUUCGUAUUAAGAUGGUGGCCACAGGAAUCUGUCGUUCAGAUGACCAUGUGGUUAAUGGAACCUUGGUCAUGCCUCUUCCUAUGAUCCUAGGCCAUGAGGGAGCCGGCAUUGUGGAGAGCAUUGGAGAAGGGGUGACUACAGUAAAACCAGGUGAUAAAGUUAUCCCACUCUUUGUUCCCCAGUGUGGAAAGUGCAAUGUGUGUAAACAUCCAAAAGGCAACUACUGCUUGAAAAAUGAUGUGACCAAUCCUCGGGGGACCCUUGUGGAUGGUACCUCCAGGUUCACCUGCAAAGGGAAGCCCAUCCACCAUUUCCUCGGCACCAGCUCCUUCAGCCAGUACAUAGUGGUGGAUGAGAUCUCAGUGGCCAAGAUCAAUGCAGACUCACCGCUAGAGAAAGUCUGUCUCAUCGGCUGUGGAUUUUCUACUGGUUAUGGGUCUGCAGUCAAUGUUGCCGAGGUCACCCAGGGCUCCAUCUGUGCCGUGUUUGGCCUUGGAGGAGUUGGCCUGUCUGUUAUCAUUGGCUGUAAAGCAGCCGGAGCAGCCAGGAUCAUUGCGGUGGACAUCAACAAAGACAAAUUUGCAAAGGCCAAAGAGGUGGGAGCCACUGAGUGUGUUAACCCUCAUGACUAUGACAAACCCAUCGAGGAGGUGCUGAAGGAAAUGAGCGGUGGAGGUGUGGAUUUUUCAUUUGAAGUCGUUGGUCGGCUUGACACCAUGAACUCUGCCUUGUUGUGCUGUCACGAAGCAUAUGGCGUAAGCGUUGUUGUAGGAGUGCCUCCUAAUUCCCAGACUCUCUCUGUGAAGCCCAUGUUGCUGUUGACUGGACGUUGCUGGAAAGGAGCUGUUUUUGGUGGCUUUAAAAGUAAGGAGUCUGUCCCCAAACUUGUGGCUGAUUUUAUGGCUAAGAAGUUUCCACUGGAUCCAUUAAUAACCCAUGUUUUACCCUUUGAAGAAAUAAAUGAGGGAUUUGACCUGCUUCGCUCAGGAAAGAGUAUCCGUACCGUCCUGACAUUCUGAGACCGUACAGGUGACUUCACUUGUAGCAGUCUUCUGGCUCCUCCAUCAUCAGAAACAUCAGCCAAACAUCGUCAAUAAUUCUAUUCCUCAGAGAUGCUACUAAUAAAUUACAUAUGGGAGCCUUCCAAAAGAAAUCAAAAUUGAUGUAAAAUUAUCUUUCAAACAAAUGUUUAAAAUUCAAGGGAGAGCUAGAUGAACUAUCAUUUGGGUAACUGAGUCCAACAAACAUUCCUUCUUAAUCAUUCUACUCAUGCUGAAUCAUGUCAUCUUUCCCACUGAGGAAAGCUAUUUCUUUUGAUUUCUUGUCCUUUUGGUAUCUUUACCACCCUUAGUCAUUGAAGCCUUAGUCACUGAGAAGGUCUUCAUUAUGCUUGUCCCCCAACAUACAAAUCAUGGGCUGUUGUGCUAAAAGUCUUCCACCUGUAUUUCCACUGUCUGUAUUUUCCUUUUCAUGAAAUGGAGCAAAACUAUACAGUAAAAACUGCAGUCUGCAAAAGGAUAUACUCAGAUUUAUAAGUGAAGAAGGUCCAGAACAUCUAAAUAUAGGACAUUUCUUAGGGAAAUGUCACAUAUUUUGAAGGUAAAGAAAGCGGUUUUAGUGCUUUUAUACUGUUUGCAGUAAAAAUAAAAGCAGCUUCACGCUACAUGUGUUAAAUGUGAGGCCUGAAUAUUAAAUCUAAAAACUGAACUAUUAUUGGAACCAUAUUCCAAAAGUCUAUAAUUUUUACUCAAGAAAGUACUUUACUAGUUAAAUGAUCUUAGUUAAUUAUUACGAUUAACUGAAAAUGAAUCAUAGGGCAAUUAAAAAGUAAUAUGGUGGCUUGAAGUCUAGGGAUGAGAAGGAAGCAGCUGUGGACAAAGCGUGUCAAAUGAGUAGCUCAGAAAUGACACAAACAUCCAAAGCAAUAGAUUUUCUGAGUAGAUAUCGAUACAUACGCAGGUGUAUACAUUUGCAAAAUUAUUUUCAAUCUUGAAUUUUUCUAUUAGCUAUCAGGUCUUAAGUCUAGAAGCCUGGAAUUAGUUUGAUGUUUCCAAUACGUGAAAGCCUAUGGUACCCAUUUCUCAGUGCUUUCUCAGGGGAUGAUUUGCAUUUUGAGCUUCAUCUGUCAGUGUGCAAUGAAAAGCUUAUUCCUUUAAGGAGUUUUAACUAUCUUUGAAAGUGAUUUAGUUCCACAUCUACAAUUUAUUCGAUAUUGUGGAAAGGACUCUAGACUCAGAGCCAGUGAUCUACCACUUACUUGUAAGUUACUCAACCUCUCUAAGCCCAUUUCAUCCUUUCUUUUAAAAAAAAUUAUUCUACCAAUCCAUUACAGCUUCAUGAAGAUUACAUGGAAUGAUGUAAUGAAAAGGCUUUGUCUGUGUUGUGCCAUGAAAAUGUAGGGAAUGGUUUCAUUGUUUUGUCAAAGAUGCUGACAGAGAUAAUUAGGGUUAGGGGAGCUUCCAGAAUAUCCCUAAGUUUUCAGAAUGUCCUAGCAUCAUGGAAUACUAUGUUCCCAUGCUGCUGGGUGCUCCAGUUGGUGUGAUAAUGUAAGAUCCAGAGAAUAAAGAAUUGGUUCUGCUUUCAGUUAAUUCUAAUAUGCCAAUAUUGAUUCAUUAAUUAUAACAAAUACAACAAACUAAUAUGUUAAUAAUAGGGGAAACUGUGUGUGUGUUUGUGGAGGGAGGUAAAUAGGAACUUUCUGCACUAUCUUCAUAAUUUUUCCAUAAACCUAAAACUUUUGAAAUUAAAAUGUAUGUUUAUUAAAAAUACUUCAUAAAUACUAAAUAUUUUAAAAUCACAUUUUUACAAAGUGUAAAAACGCUUUCAAAAGUCAUUAAAGACAUUAUACUCACUGUACAGUAUUUUAGUCAGAAUGAUAUCUGAAUAUCCCAUUGUAUUUCAUUCCAAAUCUUGUGGAAUUAUGCAAACUAUGUAUUGAGAUACGUAUGUAUAAUCUUCUGAAGAGACAGCAGCCAGUGUUGCCUAUAAUUUUUAUCUUUAUUUGCAAAUUAAGUCAUUUUUAUGUAAGGGUUGUGUCAGGUUUGAGAUGUUAAUAGGAAAAGUGCACUGCUAGAGCUUUGGGAGUUUGCAAAGUUGCAAAUCUCAGUAUGUGUGUUAUUAUCAAAGUCAUCACUUAUACGAUUUGUAACAUACUGAUUAAAAGAGAAAACAAAAUAGCAACACUUGGGACGAUGUAAAGAUCACUUAUGAAAAGUGCAUUUAUAUUAAAGAAUGACAAAUCUCUUCACUGAAAAUGUAGUACAAAAUAAAAGUAAAUAUCAUUAAUAAAACAAAAUUU